GGGGAACACACAGGAAGACUCACGGAAGAUGCACCUGGCGAUGUGCAGAUAUGUGGAAACCUGUUGACACAAAUUGAGGAGCAGCAAAGUCCAAGUCAGGGAACCUCUUGGUGAAAUAGGGACACAUCACUUGAAAUCCAUUCAGCAGAUCUUAUUGAGUUCAACUUCCUGGUUUAUGAAGUUCCUCUGAUUCUACUAUGGAAACAAAACGGUCAUCACAACAGAUUGCAUGUGUCAUCUCCCUGUAUUGGAUUGUGUCUAUUUCCAUGGUUUUUAUCAACAAGCACAUCCUGAGUGGUAGUUAUGGUAUCAACGAUUUAUCGAUAUUUGUCGCUUGGUACCAAAGUCUUUCAGCAGUUUUCCUCAUCAAACUAGUUACAUGGUGGUCUGGACACCUACGCCUGGGUCUGGCACUCCCCACACUUGAUCUACAUCAGUUACUGAACAGUGAUAUGCUUAAACUCUCAUUCUCUUUUGUCAUCGGUUUGACUUUCAACAAUUUAAUGUUAAAGCAUAUUGGUGUUGCCUUCUACCAGGUGGCUAGAUCUUUCACAUUGAUUUUCACUAUAAUACUUUCCUUUUGCAUUCUGAAGAAGUCUGUCCCAAUUUUAGGAAUUGCUUCAUGUGCAUUGGUAAUCAUGGGAUUUGUUAUUGGCACUGACCAAGAGGAUAAUGCUGGUACCCUCAGUAUUUGGGGAAUGAUCUAUGGAAUAUUUGCAAGUUUAGCAAAUGCAGUCUGUGGAAUUUAUUUCAAGAGGGUGGAAGUGGUUUUAGAUGGUGACAGUUUGAAGCAAGCCUACUAUAACAACAUAAACAGUGUGUGGAUCUUCCUGCCACUUGUCAUCAGUUCUGGCCAAGCUCAGCAGGUGUUAUCAUCAGAUCUUGUGACCAAUGCAAGCUUCUGGAUGUUCUUGACAUUUUCUGGCUUUCUUAGCUUAUCAAUUGGCUGGGUUAGUGCAUUACAAGUGAAAUACACAUCUCCUGUGACACAUCAUAUCAGUAUCAAUGCUAAGUCAGUGAUACAGACGAUGUUGGCAAUCAUGUUCUACCACGAAUAUAAAACUUUGAUGUGGUGGUGUGGCAACGUACUUGUGAUUCUCGGAAUCUUCUUGUAUGCUUACACUAAAAUAAAUGAAGGUCCACCUGGUAGCGUCGUGAAUGGGUCUAGGAAACCACUUCCUGUUUACACAGAUGUCUCUAUUCAGAAGGCAAAUGCUAAUUGAAUCUCAAAUUCAUUAUAGGGCUUACUCAAUGGUUAUCUAUACUGUAUGUAUGAAGUGUAAAAAGUGAAGAAUUAUCAGGCUUUACAAGUCUUUGCCUGGUGUUGUAGUUUUGAGCCUACCAAUAUAUUAUUGCAAGUUCACAAAUUAAAUAGAAAUGCCAGGUAAUGCUUUUUCUUGCCUCAUUACUUAGUGUCAGUGUUUAACUGUUGACCUGAAGAGCCAAUUGUAUGAUAAAAGAUGAUACAGUAUGUUGAAGUGACUCAGAUCUCAUUGUAUUAAUUAUUGCUGUUACUUUUUGUGAAGUAUUUCAAUCAGCAUUCAAAACUAUAGGAAAAAUGACAGAAUUUAAUACACUUAAUUGAAAUUAUAUUGAUAUAUUCUAAAAUCAGGAGAUAUUUUUUAUGUUGGCAUUCUGGUAGUUAUUGAUAAUUGCACAUCAUUAACACAAUUUGAUGAGUACAAUACACUCAAUGCAUACAUAUAGCUGCUGUACAAAUUUGUGAUAAAGAGAUCCAAGUUCCUACAUAGGUCUGAGGUUUGCUAUAUCAGUCCUUAAUACCACUUGUACUUGUUUUCUUAUUUUUGCCUCAUAUUUUGAUGAACAAAAUGAUAUUGUUGAUUUGAAAUAUUCUUAAAAUUAUGUUUUUCUUGUGAUCAAUUGCCAACAAUUGUCAGGAACAUGCAUUUAUUUUGUUCUGAAGGUAUGUACAUUUAUGAUUUGAGGAAAACAAGGAAACUUUUCUUUGAAUUUGAAAACUGCAAUGAAUGAUAUUCUUUUCUUCUUUUUACGGAGACAACACUCAUUUUGGCCAUGAAAAUAGGCCUUUCAUAUUUUAGCAUACUGCCAAACAAAACAAAAGACUUUUCAAUGUAAAUUUUCAUGUAAUUUUCCUCGAUGAAAUAUUCUUUUACAGUUUAUUAAUUCAUUCAGCAUGUCUUGAUAAAGUAACACAAGAUUUUGCAUCAUAGAUUUACUGAUGUAAAU